CCGUAAAGCUCCAAGAGCAUGGGCGACUUUGUUACAUGUUCUAGGAACCAAAUCAAAGAUUAUGACGAGAAACUCCCCUCGACCAGCUGUUUAAGUUCAUAAUUCGCCCCUCCAGCCGAUGCUAGCCGAUAGUCAUUCGCCAUAGCUUGCUUCAGACAUCCACCGCACGCCGUGCCCAUCGUUCGACACGCCCGACGGCCACGGCUCUUGACGGCCAUCGCUCCUGACAGCCGCUUCUCCGACGGCCACCUGACGCCGCGCCCAACAGCCACUGCUUCGACGGCAACCACACGCCGCGCCCUACGGCCACGGCACCGGUCGGCCACCGCGCUUGACAGCCACUGUUCUCAUCGUCCGCCAGGAUGAACAGCAGAUCAGACGGCUGCCACGCCACUCCAGGUGCCGUCUGUCUCUCCAUCACGGUAUGCCGAGUAGGAAAAAAAUGGAUGGACGUUCCCCACUUGGAGAUAGUACAAAUACAUGCAAAAAUUGUAAUAAACGAGCAAGCCGUGAUGAGUAUGAUCCAUAUAAUGGAAAUAAUGGUCUGAGGGAGGCGAAACGCCAAAGGGCAAAGGAAAAGUAUGCGGCCAUGCUGAUAAAAAGCUGAGUUGAAUGCUAAGAAGAGAGAAAACUACCAUCGGAGAAAGGCUGAGAGAGAAGCUGUUAGCAUGGUUGUGGAGACGCCAGUUAUCAACCAAACAGAUGGAAGCAGUAUUGUUCUAAACACACUAGAUACCAAUCCUGAAAUGUCUCUUUUAGAGCGUCGGAAUGAUAAAGAUAGAGAGAGGACGAUCAAAAAGUAUCAUGGGAUGACUGAUGAGCAGAAGGCUGAUCGGAAUGCCAGAAAACAAGCAAAUAGAUAUCGAAGUAUAUUCGAUGCUGGUGCAACUAUUGCUAACAACAAAGAUGCAGAUGCGAUAGAUGGUGCGUGCAUUACGACUUUUGGUACUUGCACAUUAGCAAUUGAAGAUGAUGUCACCCCAGAGGAGCAGAAAAGGGAGAAUGAAAGGAAAAGAUAUCAUGAUAUGGGCGGUUUGGCAAGGAAUGAAAAGAUCAUUAAAAUUAUUGAAUCCUGCAAGAAGAGAAACAUAGAAAAUCAAGGUAAACAUGUAGAUACACCCGUUACCGGAACCUUACAGUCUGCAUUAACGCAACAACAAUCAGGUCGAGUGACUAGAGCGUGCACUAGAAAUAUAGAUCGAGAUGAUCAAUUUGACUCGGAUUUAUGGGAACCCUAUGAUCCGAUGCAUGGAGUUGAAGAAAAUGAUUUAGAUCAAAUGAACCUGAUGGAUUAUGGGCUUGCUGAUAUAGAAGAUGAUGAAGCAUGCAUAUUUCAUCACCAGGAUUUCCAGUACGAGUAUGCUAUGGAUCGUGACAUUGGUUUCAAAGGUUCGGAUUGUACAAGGAUCUUCCGAAGAAACACCAUGUCUUGAAGAAGGCUAAAAACUGUGAAUUCUGCAAUGCAAAGAGGUUCCCAAGUGAAGGACCGGCAUUCUGUUGCGGGAAAGGGAAGGUUAACAUAUAUAUUCCAGAGUGACCAGCUGAACUACGCCGCUUGUUUGCCAAUCAGACCGACAGGGAUAUAAAAUAUUUUUGGAAGCACAUUCGGUAUUUUAACUCGCACUUAUCCUUCACAAGCUUUGGAGUUUCCAUUGAUCAUAAUCUUGCAUCAGCAUGAGGUACUAGUGUGUAUUGUUUUAAAGCACACAGUCAGAUAUACUUGGUGGUAGAGGUCCUCGCCAUAUGCAGCUAUACUUUUAUGACACCGAUGAGACCACUGCACAUAGGGUCAAAAGGUCGCCUAAGCUUGAUACUUCAAUGAUCCAGUUGAUUUUGAGCUGCAGGACAACCCAUAUGUGCUUCUAUUCAAGAAUCUCGGUUCGGUGUCUAAUAUUUCAGAGUACAAAAUUGAACUUAAUACAAGCAUAUCUGUUGAUCAAAGGAGAUAUAAUGCACCUGGGAUGGAUUAGGUCGCUGCUAUAUGGGUGGAAGGUAAUGACCCUCAGCAGAGGUUUUCUCGCAGCAUAAUAAUAUAUGGCAGGGAGGAUCGACCUCACUAUGUCAGGGCGUAUCAUGGUUGCUACGAUCCAUUGUCCUACCCUUUGUUUUUCCUUGGUGGUGAGACUGGAUGGGAGGAUAAAAAGAUCGAAUACUAGGAUCCACCACCUCCUAAGCAAAAGAGAAAUUAUACUAAGCGUAAGAAGCAAGAUGAUCUUGCUGAUGAGGAAUUAGGUGCAUUUCAGUUGCAACCUCUUAAGAAGGCAAAACACCGACAUUCACUGUAUUAUGAUUUUAAGGGGGAAGACCAUGAUAUGGAUGAGCAGAGUGAGAACGAGGAUGGCCCUGAUGAUGAGCUUGACGACAUAGCUGGUGGUGGAUCCCGGCGUCACGUCAACGUGAGAGAGUACUAUUGUUUCAAGCUACAGAUUCGUGAAGGUCAAUUCAAUAUGUUCUUUCAUGCUGGUCGGCUCUUCCAGUAAUUUGCAGUUGAUAUGUAUGUCAAGGUUGAGUCAAUGUGUCUAGACUGGUACGCAAAGCCAGCACAUCAGGCUAUAAUUCGUGCAGAUCUAUAUCAGGGUACUCUUGAUACGCUCGCCGCGGGAGAGGUUGAUGCUUCGAAGGCUGGGCUCAGGGUUGUUUUGAGCAAGGAUUCCUGUCGGAGGAAUUCUCCAGCCGGGUGGCGGAAAGCACCCGCCUAAUCCUAGUUAAGGAUGGGUUUGGAGGAGACUUAGGAGCGCUCGAUCGGUGGACAGAUGAGCGCAGGAAGGACACAAAGAUUUAGAGUGGUUCGGGCUGCCGGAGCGUAAUACCCUACGUCCACUUUGGUGUUGUAUUGAUUGUGUAAGCCUGCCUGGAACUUAGCCUGGACUUGUGCUUGUGUAUCUGACCCUGUCUUCUAACGAGUGCACUCUCCCUUUUAUAGUCCAAGGGGAGUGCUUACACUGUGCGGGGCCCCGACAGGUGGGCCCGGCCAUCAGGAG